GGCAGCCGUAGAAAGUCAAUCAGCGUUGCAGUCUCCGAGAGAUGGAGCAGGGAGGGCAUCCAGGUAGGAGCCCUGGCGGCGGGGCGGACGGAGGGUCGGGUCCAGUGGCCGGGCCUGGCGGACGGAAGGCGGAGAACAGCCCGUAAAGGACUUUGCGAUGGACGAAAAGGGAGUGCAGAAGCCCGCUGGCCCUCCCACAAGAAAGAAAUUCCUCAUACCCCUGGACGAGGAUGCGGGCCCUCCUCCUGGGGCCAAACCCUUAUUCAAAUCCACACGGAGCCUGCCCACCACGGAGAUCUCACCCCAGCCGGCCCCUCAGACCUAUGCUGAGUAUGCCAUCUCAGGACCUCCAGGAGGGGCUGGAGCCACACACACCAUGGGGCCAGAACCUCUGGCAGGAGAGACCCCCAACCCAGCUCCCAAACCAGGAGCAAAAUCCAACAGCAUCAUUGUGAGCCCCCGGCAGAGGGGCAACCCUGUGCUGAGGUUUGUGCGCAACGUGCCCUGGGAAUUUGGUGAUGUGCUGCCCGACUAUGUGCUGGGCCAGAGCACCUGUGCCCUCUUCCUCAGCCUCCGCUACCACAACCUCCACCCAGACUACAUCCACCAGCGGCUGCAGAGCCUGGGGAAGAGCUUCGCCCUGCGGGUCCUGCUCGUCCAGGUGGACGUGAAAGAUCCUCAGCAGGCCCUCAAGGAGCUGGCUAAGAUGUGCAUCCUGGCCGACUGCACCCUGAUCCUUGCCUGGAGCCCCGAGGAGGCCGGAAGGUACCUGGAGACAUACAAGGCCUAUGAGCAGAAGCCGGCAGACCUCCUGAUGGAGAAGCUGGAGCAGGACUUCGUCUCCCGGGUGACUGAAUGUCUGACCACUGUGAAGUCAGUCAACAAAACGGACAGUCAGACCCUCCUGACUACUUUUGGGUCUCUGGAACAGCUCAUAGCUGCAUCUCAGGAAGACUUGGCCUUGUGCCCAGGCCUGGGGCCCCAGAAGGCCCGGAGGCUGUUUGAUGUCUUACAUGAGCCCUUCUUGAAAGUGCCCCGAUGACCUCAGCUGCCAAGGAGGCUCUCGGUGUAACAAUAAAGCAUUUUCCUGGUGCAGACU